AUGAAUAUGAAACUUAGAUGAUUAGUAUACAGUUAUGAUAAUCUUUUGGUUAGUUAAUUAAAUUUGUCAUCUUGAUUAAUCUCACCUCAUUUUUUUUCAUGCAAACCAACUGUUUGCGGAAAUGACUAGGGAGUUUAUGAAACCAAAAAAUAAGUUGAAAAGAAAAAUGGUGGUUUAAUUUCAAUGGGAUUCUCGUUCGUCAAGUCCGAUUAGUUAUAACAUAUGCUCUAAAUUGGAAGAGGGAGAUUGUUUUGCUGCAACAAACGCGGGUUCUUUAUAACGUUUCAGCUCUUUUCGUCAGAACCCCAAAUCUUUUCUCCUAUCUCUCUGCAGCAAGAAAAUUAGAAGGACCCUUUUUUGGGUCUUCUCUUUUUUCUUUGCUUUUUGCCUUCUUGAUCAACGCCUAAAAUUAGGGUUCUGUUCAAUAAUUUUUUCGUGUAAUGGCCAACGAGAAUAGUGAUAUACCACUUGCUAUGGAGGAGGUUAGUGAGGCUGAAGUUAGCCAAGAAGAGAGCUUUGAUAUCCCUGUCAUUGCAGUUGCCAAUAUAAGUGAGCCUGAAGAUAUCACCGAGGAAAUCAUUGAUAUAAUUGACAUCAUUGAUAUCCCAGCCACUAUAGAGGUAAAUGAGCCCGACAUCGUUGAUAUCCCAGCCACUAUAGAGGUAAGUGAGCCCGAGAGUUGCAAGGUAGAAGUUAUCAUGGACAUUAAUAGUAAUAUCCCAAAGAUCAGACCAAGGGUUCUCUCUCGCUACCUUCUACCCUACACAGGCUCCUGCCACGAUUUUUGCAAAUAUGGUUCAAAACAUGAUCUUGAAGGGAAGCCUGCAAGUCCAAUCUCGAGAAAAGCUAAGUUAGUUGGAGGCAAUGGCCAGGAUUUGAGGAGGACUGUAGUUUCUUUGGCGAAACAAAACAAAGAAUCAAACAGUCGGAAGUCCUCCCUGGAGUACAACCCCAGCAAUGUUACCGACUUGAAGGAAGAUAUAAUAUCUUCCCCAGAGAUUGUUACUCCUUCUCCAAAGAGGCUUUUACCUUCCACCAAGGAAGUACAGGCUGCAGCAGUGCAUUAUAGUCGAACGAAACUUAAUUUGUCUUUAUCAAAGGUGUCUUCUUUUGCAGGACAAGGCGGUUCACGAACCAAAAGAAAUAAAGAAAUUCGAAAAGGAAAGAAAAAAGAAGGAGAUGGAAGUUUAAGCAGUUCAAAUAGUACAAGUAGAAGCCUAGAGAUGAAUGUCUCCGCAGAGGAGGACAUAACAGCCUUGGUGCCAGAAGUAGGUUCUAGGACUCCAAGAACUCGUGUCAAGCGAGUUGCAAUUGCAGAUAAGAAAAACAUUGGGAGGAAUGGCUUGAAAAGCCAAACCCAUCCUAUAAAAUGUAAACCCGAUCCAUCUAACAAUGAGGAUGUGGAGGAGAAAACUUUGUACAUGAUUGAACCGUCUACCAAGGAUGAAACAGAGGAGAUCUCUCAGAAUAGUGUUCAUACAACCGAGUCAUCUCAACCACAAUCUUCAUCAACAACAGACAACAACUUGAAGCAUGAACAAGAAGCAGCUGCGAACUCCAUAGUGCCACCAAUGUCAGUGAAAAAGAACGUCGUGAAACGUGCUAGAAAUGGUACCAGUGCUAAGAUUUUAUGUACAUCUCCAACAGCAUCCAAAGUAUUCAAAGGUAUUAGACCUAAGAGAUUUGGUAUGGUUCAAAGGUCCGAGACUCGAUCAGCUCCUUCAUCACCAUUGUCAUCUAGGUUCCAAUCUGAACCCAUCCAUGUUGAGCACCGUGGCUCUACCUCAGGAAAUGAUGUGAAAAAAAGUGAGAAUUCAAAGGUGGACCACAGGCUUAAGACCAAAGGGAUGACUCUAACCGAUUCAGAAAAUGGAGACUGCCAGUCUAGAAAGCUUAAGUUUAGGAAGGGCAAGACGGUUGAACUUCAACCUGAAACCAGUUCGCCAAGGAGGCUCAAAUUUCGGCAUGUACGUUUACUCGGUGAGACUCAAAGUCCUAAAGGUGAUUCAAGGAAGAGAAACAUCAUGGGUAAAGAUGGGAACCAAAAUGGGAAGGAAGGUGAGAAUAGUUCUUUAAGACAGCAAGAUAAGGAUUUAAAGAAAAAGAGAAGCUUUAGGGAUGGUAAAUUGAUUUCUAGUAGAUUCAAAUCUGAGAGAGUUGUCCUUAGGCAUCAAGAUUCAAAAGGAAAGAAAGAAAUCCUAAAUCUGUUUAAUAAUGUCAUUGAAGAGACAGCAAGCAAGCUUGCAAAAACCAGAAAAAGUAAGGUGAAGGCUUUGGUUGGUGCCUUUGAAACUGUAAUAUCUCUUCAAGAUACCAAACCUGCUGCAACAACAAGUGUUGCAUGAUAUAAGUUUGUGUGUGACAUGACAUAUAUAUUAUAUAUACCUUGUAUGUAGAUAACAAUCUGAAAAAGGUAAUAUAAAUAUAUAUAUAUAUGUAUAAAGCUUCAAAUAUGACAUGAGAGUUAAGUUAAGUUAAAAAAAGAAAAAAAAAAAAAAAAAAAGCUUUGAUGGAAAUGCUAUGGCCUAUGUGGAGAAUGGUUGGGUUAUUUCAAUAAAAGCUUUUGGGAAGAUUGGUUUUUAUUUUUCUUGUGUGAUGAGGUUCUUUGUUUAUUGGGUCUUUUGUAGGAUCUCUUUAUGUAUCAUUAGUGUAUUUGUAAUCAAGGAAUUCUAGUCUUGUGCUUUUUCUCA